GCAGCACACUACGAGCGCAUCAGCCGACUCGUCGUCGUCAGACGUCGUGAUCCGGCAUCAGGAGCGGACCCAUCGCAGAACCUUUUUAAUUCUAAAUCCCCUUGCUUCCAACACCAAAAUGCGCGAAAUUGUCCAUCUGCAGGCAGGACAAUGUGGAAAUCAGAUCGGAGCCAAGUUCUGGGAGGUGAUCAGUGACGAGCACGGUAUCGACCCCACAGGGACAUACCACGGUGAUAGUGACCUGCAGCUAGACAGGAUCAAUGUAUACUACAAUGAGGCCUCAGGUGGGAAGUUUGUUCCCCGGGCCAUCCUGGUGGACCUUGAGCCCGGUACCAUGGACUCCGUCCGCUCCGGGCCGUUCGGACAGAUCUUCAGGCCAGAUAACUUUGUGUUCGGCCAGAGUGGUGCCGGCAACAACUGGGCGAAGGGCCACUACACAGAGGGAGCGGAGCUGGUGGACUCGGUCAUGGACGUGGUGAGGAAGGAGGCGGAGAGCUGUGACUGCCUGCAGGGCUUCCAGCUCACCCACUCCCUGGGCGGGGGUACAGGCUCCGGCAUGGGCACCCUGCUCAUCAGCAAGAUCCGGGAGGAGUACCCCGACCGCAUCAUGAACACGUUCAGCGUGGUGCCCUCGCCCAAGGUGUCGGACACGGUGGUGGAGCCCUACAACGCCACGCUGUCCGUGCACCAGCUGGUGGAGAACACGGACGAGACCUACUGCAUCGACAACGAGGCGCUCUACGACAUCUGCUUCCGCACGCUCAAGCUGACCACGCCCACCUACGGCGACCUCAACCACCUGGUCUCGGCCACCAUGAGCGGGGUCACCACCUGCCUGCGCUUCCCCGGGCAGCUCAACGCCGACCUGCGCAAGCUCGCCGUCAACAUGGUGCCCUUCCCCCGCCUGCACUUCUUCAUGCCCGGCUUCGCCCCGCUCACCAGCAGGGGGAGCCAGCAGUACCGCGCCCUCUCCGUGCCCGAGCUCACCCAGCAGAUGUUCGACGCCAAGAACAUGAUGGCGGCCUGCGACCCGCGGCACGGCCGCUACCUCACCGUGGCCGCCGUGUUCCGCGGCCGCAUGUCCAUGAAGGAGGUGGACGAGCAGAUGCUGAACGUGCAGAACAAGAACAGCAGCUACUUCGUGGAGUGGAUCCCCAACAACGUCAAGACCGCCGUCUGCGACAUCCCGCCCCGCGGCCUCAAGAUGGCCGCCACCUUCAUCGGCAACAGCACCGCCAUCCAGGAGCUGUUCAAGCGCAUCUCCGAGCAGUUCACCGCCAUGUUCCGCCGCAAGGCCUUCCUGCACUGGUACACGGGAGAGGGUAUGGACGAGAUGGAGUUCACCGAGGCCGAGAGCAACAUGAACGACCUGGUGUCCGAGUACCAGCAGUACCAGGACGCCACCGCCGAGGAGGGGGAGUUUGAGGAGGAGGGCGAAGAGGAAGUGGCCUGAGCUUCUCUCCGUCCCUUCCCUUCACCUCUUUUUUCUCCAUAUUUCUCCUCUCCUCUGUUCUCCCUCUUCUCCCUGUGGUUAACCCGAAGAGCACACACCCAUUUUUGCUCAUGAUAAUUGUAGGAAGAGUUAUUGGUGACGUUUUUGUUAUUGUUGUUUUUUUUUUUUUUUUUUAGUUGUUGUUGUUAUUUGUGCUAUUUUCCAUAGAAUCAGUGCUGAAUUUUCACUGUCACGCUGUGACUCAGUAUAAUGAUCAGCGAACAGGAGGAAUAAACAAGUAAUAAUAAAACGUUAGUUGCUUUACUUUCAUGCAAUAAAGACCUAAAUUAAUA